AUGAAAAUUAUUUUAAGUGAAAAGCCUAACCUACGCUACCAAUCAAAUGCGAGCUUUAACCCCGAUGAGGUGAGGGCCAAACUUCCUGAUCCAACUGGAAAUGAUGUUGUUGAGUUACUGAAAAAGAAGUAUCUUGAUAAGGAAUAAGUCGUUCCAAAGAUCAUUCAGCAUUGAAAUAGAGCAUUUUAUUUGUAAUGACUGUCGACUCUUUCAGGUCUGAAGUUUACAAUAAAAGAUAGUGGGCGUUACACAAGUGUUUGUUAAAUUGUUUGUGAUAUUUGCGGCCUGCGGGGAACAAGUAAGGGUGGGGUGCGGGAGGAACGAGGAAGCCCGCACGCAACCAGGGACCCGGGGAAGGGGGGGGGGGGGUACUUUAGGAAUGUAUUGGUGGGGAUGUGCCGCUGGGACCCUGGAACCCUUAACCUAUACCAGAGCUAGCUAGUUCAGCUGAAUUUUGCUACCCUCCUUUGCUAGAGUUAACUCCCCAAAUCCCCCAUAUCCUAGAGUACCUGUUUUCCAGAAACUAAUGGGGUCACUGGCACAGUCUAGCCAAAACAAAACCUUAUACCACAAUCCCUAGUCUAGAUAAAAUCUUUAACCAACUGAUCAAUCAUCCUGAAAAAUGAUACCCUAUUCUAGACUCAAACGCUCUGAUUUAUAUACCCUAUCUUAGAGUUAACUACUUGAAAACCAUACCCUUCAUAGCGGCACAUACCUAUAUAGCCCAUAUAUGGCAGUACCCCCCCCUCCCCGCUCGGGGGGAUUUACCAUGUUGAAAGAGGUGAUCCCUACGAGACUAUCGCCCUAUCAGGAAUGGUCCUACACAAGGAUAUUACUUAUCCUGUGACCUGUUCGAUAUGUUCUCCUCUGUUUUUCAAAGCACAGAUGCGCUCUGAUAUUUUGCUACAGGAGCCCGUCAAUUUGCUAUAAUUUUCGAGUCAUUUGUUUCAAUGGGACAAAACAUUUUUUUGCAGAAUUCAAAAUUGUUUAAAAAAUGUCUGCCGCUGGAAAAUUGGAAAUCUGCCAUUGCAAAGAGGUAAAUUGUCUUCUUUAUGUUAUUUCGAACAGUAAUUUCAAGUUUUCGGAAAGGUGUAAGGCAUUUUUGCGUGACCGUCACGCAACAAGGUGCUUCAAUGCGAGGCUGAAAGUGUUGCGCAAACCAGCCGAUUGCAUCCAUGUCGAGUUGACGAUCGGUUCAUUGGGGGGUUUUUAAAAGUGCUUCAGUGGCCUCAACAUGUCUGCUAGAAUCGUGCUUAUCUCUGGUUGUUCCAGCGGCAUAGGACUCGCUACCGCUGUGCUUCUCGCUAAAGAUGCCGAGAAACGCUUCAAAGUUUACGCCACCAUGAGAAAUAUGGCGAAGAAAGGACAACUGGAGGAAGAAGGGAAGGAUCAACUUGGAGACACUUUGAUUAUUAAACAGAUGGACGUGUGCAGUGAUGAAUCAGUCACGAUGGCUGUUAAAGACGUGAUGGAUACUGAAGGAAGAAUCGACAUAUUGUGUGAGUAGGAUAAAUUGAAUUAUUUAUUCGGACCACUGAUACAUAAAUUUGUGGUUAUAAAAUGCCGUGUGUUUCAUACUGACCAUCCACAAUCAUGCGAAAGUUGACUUUUCAUCUGUGUAACUUUUAAAAACUAAUUUUACUAUACAUACAUACAGAUAACCUUCAUAGUAAUUCAAACGUUAGGGUAGACGAUGAUACGGCCGAAAUUAAUUCCUAAGACAACAUCUUUGUGGGUAAAAUAAUUAAUUCAAAUUUGCGAAGAGUCACGCAAUACAACACAGGGACCACGUGGCGCAUACAGCCCCAUAGUCACGGAACGAGUCCGUAUUAAAACGCACACCCGAAAACACGUUAUGCGUUACAGCUCACAUCCACACAUGAACGAUGUAACUGAAUAGUUGAGUUUAAAAGGUAUUUCAAUCUGUUUACAGUUUUUAAGUGCGAGUAGCUACGCAUCCGUUAUUUGUGAUGUUCCGUGGUUGAGGAGGAUAUGAGAACGAGCUUUGACGACACAUAGAACGGUGGCCUGCUUCGUAGAAGAUGUUGAGCGGUCUCCCUUGGAAGGAGGCCGGCCAUGCACUGACCAUUGAAUAGAUAACUUUCCAUACUUAUGUAUCUUAUUAAUUUUCUGAGAAUUUGUGUAAAGAUUCACAUCAGUUUAGAAAUAUAUGUAUAUAUUUUUUAAUGAAGUUUUACUGUGGCUUCUUAUGUAAGGUUUAUGAGAAAUAAAUAAGAUUAAGUAACGCUGAUUUUGAUAUAUGAUGUAAAAUAUAUAAUAAUUAUAGUAAUAAUAAUAAUAAUAAUAAUAAUAAUAAUAAUAAUAGUCUUCUUCUUCUUCUUAUUAUUAUUAUUAUCAUAAAUUCAUUUUUAAGGAGGGUGAGGGGGCAGGGUGUGAGUAAUAGACUUCUUUCGUAAUGACGACCUAUUUAUAUAUUCUUUUAUAUGAAUGACAACACGCUAACGAGAUCAGAAAGGCUAAUUAUCAUACAAAUAAAAGAAUGUAAUAACAGGUCACCAUUAUGAAAGAGGUCUAUAGAUUUUGUUCACAGUCAUAAGCAGUAGACAAGGGGUGGGUGCAUUAAAGGUAUCCUUUCCACCCUAUGACCAUCUGACUUACCUUCCUAUUCUCUCUUUUUGCAGUUAACAAUGCUGGCGUUCCUCUUAUGUCAGUGUUUGAUUGCAUACCCAUGGACCUUGCCAAGGAAACAUUUGAUAUCAAUUUCUUUGGUACCCUGCGUCUGAUCCAGGCCGUGCUGCCAGGCAUGAAAGCAAGACAGAGUGGGCACAUCAUCAACAACACCAGCACCUUUGCAAUUAUAGGUACUCCCUUCUUUGAAAUCUACUGUGCAUCUAAGUUUGCUGUUGAGGGGCUGACAGAAUCAUUGGUUCCUACACUGCGGCAGUUUAACAUCAGGUAACAACAACUUCUACAAAUCACCAACCACUGCUAUUAACUGCCAAGAGUGACCAACAUCAAUUUUCACCUAACAAUAUUCAUACGUCAUGAAAAGAAAAAGUCAUGAGAAUUAAUAACACGAUUACCAAAGAGAAAAUGCUUUGAUCCUUUAUGAAUUUCUCUCAGCUAGCAGUCGAUAUGGUUGGGGCACUUUGCAGUCAUUUUCCUUCCCAAUGUUGUUCUGCAAGAUUUGGUGAGUUAGCUGCAAUAAAUAACAUUGGGAGAACGAAGAGAAGGGCCGGAAGUAAAAAAAAAAAACGACGUUGGGCGGAAGUGUCCCAACUAUUUUUGUCUAAGACUGUAGUUCUAUAAGGAAAUAUAUGGAAAUCAGUCUGGAGAAUUUGUAUCUAGAUAUUGGGCUUAAACCAGUUGCUAUCAACAUUCUUUACUUAUUAGACCCAAUGGGGAUUAAAUAAGGAAAUGAUAACCCCUGUAUUCUUAUUCUUCACUGCAAAAAUCGUAGCCAUUUUUACCAGUACCAACUUGCUAUUCCUCCAAGCCAGCACUCACCUUAUCAUUUAAGUGAACCUAUGGUGUUAUUAGCUAUAUAGAGCUUUGAAGAAAACUCUCAUGCAGUGUUUCUUUUAAAUUAAAAGGUGCACCCUUCUGGAACCAGGCCCUGUCAGCUCAGCGGUUGGCGAAUGCAACGCUGAAAGAACAAAGAACAUUGAUCUAACAACCGCUGACCAGAAGACCCGCGAUAUCUGGCAAGGAUUGCUGGGAAGGAUAGGUGGGAUUUUUGAAGAAAAAGUAGUUCUGUCACCUUUAGAAGUUGCAGACUCCGUGCGAGAAAUCAUUCUUAGCGAAAAUACCAAUUUCCGUUUUCAGCCGAGUAAAGAGUUUUAUUCUGAGGAAAUUGCUGCUAGAUUUGCAGAUGCGACGGGGUAUAAAUCAGUGGAUCUAAUAAGCCAAAAAUUCUGUCCAGAAUAA